GGAAGGUCACAUGUUUCGGGGUCUUCUUUGUUUUGUUUUGAGCUCGAACUUGAGACAAAAAGAGAGAGCGAGGUUAGCGAGAGUGGAAAGAAGACACCGCCGUCUGUAACAGCAACUCGCAGCAUCACAACGAAGACACUUAUCAGUCUUUUCUCCAUGACAUAAUAAACAAUUGAUGUAAAAAUGGUACUAAUAUUAGGACGCAGACUGAACAGAGGGGAUAGUCGGGCACAGGAGUCCCCAGUAUCCAAGCGUAAAGUUUUUGAAAUGGACCCGAAAUCCUUAUCAGGCCAUGAGUUUUUUGACUUCUCUUCUGGAUCAUCCCAUGCUGAAAGCAUACUCCAGAUCUUCAAUGAAUUUCGUGACAGCCGUUUGUUUACAGAUGUAAUAAUCUGUGUAGAAGGCAAAGAGUUUCCCUGCCAUCGAGCCGUUCUUUCUGCCUGCAGUAGCUAUUUCAGAGCUAUGUUUUGCAAUGACCACAGAGAAAGCAGAGAGAUGUUGGUAGAAAUUAACGGAAUUUUUGCAGAAGCCAUGGAUUGCUUUUUACAGUAUGUGUAUACAGGCAAGGUAAAAAUCACGACAGAGAAUGUGCAAUACCUCUUUGAAACAUCAAGUCUCUUUCAGAUAAGCAUUUUGCGUGAUGCUUGUGCUAAGUUUCUGGAAGAGCAACUGGAUCCUUGCAACUGUCUAGGAAUCCAGCGUUUUGCUGAUACACAUUCCCUAAAAACACUUUUUACAAAAUGUAGAAAUUUUGCACUGCAAAAUUUUGAGGAUGUAUCCCAGCAUGAAGAAUUUCUUGAGCUUGGAAAAGACGAACUUAUUGAUUACAUCUGCAGUGAUGAAUUAGUAAUCAGUAAAGAAGAGAUGGUUUUUGAAGCAGUCAUGCGCUGGAUUUACCGUGCUGUUGAUCCCAGACGCUCAGUACUACCAGAACUACUGACCCAUGUGAGGCUGCCUUUGUUACAUCCUAACUACUUUGUUCAGACAGUGGAAGUGGACCAGUUGAUCCAGAAUUCCCCUGAGUGUUAUCAGCUGCUGCAUGAAGCAAGAAGGUAUCAUGUUCUUGGAAAUGAAAUGAUGUCCCCAAGAACUAGGCCACGAAGGUCAACUGGUUAUUCUGAGGUGAUAGUUGUAGUGGGAGGUUGUGAACGAGUUGGGGGCUUUAAUUUGCCUUACACCGAAUGCUAUGACCCUAUGACAGGGGAGUGGAAAUCACUGGCAAAGUUACCAGAAUUUACAAAGUCUGAGUAUGCAGUUUGUGCCUUGAAGAAUGAUAUCCUUGUUUCAGGAGGAAGAAUCAACAGCCGUGAUGUAUGGAUUUAUAAUUCUCAACUGAACAUUUGGAUCAGAGUUGCCUCUUUAAAUAAAGGGCGAUGGCGUCAUAAAAUGGCUGUCCUUCUUGGCAAAGUGUAUGUGGUUGGCGGAUAUGAUGGACAAAGUAGACUAAGCAGUGUAGAAUGUUAUGACUCAUUUUCCAAUCGAUGGACUGAGGUAGCAUCUCUUAAAGAAGCAGUAAGUUCACCAGCAGUCACCAGCUGUGUAGGCAAACUGUUUGUGAUUGGAGGAGGUCCCGAUGACAACACAUGUUCUGACAAGGUUCAGUCAUAUGAUCCUGAUAGUAAUUCUUGGCUACUCCGUGCAACAAUCCCCAUUGCAAAGAGAUGUAUAACAGCUGUAUCAUUAAACAAUCUCAUCUAUGUUGCCGGAGGGCUUACAAAGGCAAUAUAUUGCUAUGAUCCACUUGAAGAUUACUGGAUGCACGUACAGAAUACAUUCAGCAGACAGGAAAACUGUGGCAUGUCUGUUUGUAAUGGCAAGAUCUAUAUCCUGGGCGGAAGGCGUGAAAAUGGAGAAGCCACAGAUACUAUUCUUUGUUAUGACCCUGCAACCAGCAUUAUCACAGGAGUAGCAGCCAUGCCCAGGCCAGUCUCGUAUCAUGGCUGUGUGACUAUUCACAGAUACAAUGAAAAAUCCUUUAAACUCUAAAAGAAGAAGAGUUUGUAUAUAAUGAAUCAGUGGCAUAUUAAAAACAAGAUUUGAAAAAGUCAUAUUAAGAAACGAAAGGUGGUCUUUUCCAAAGCAUCAUCAACAAAGAAACAUCAUCACGUGUUUCAUAUUUUUAAAAUGCAUCGAAUGUUUUCAGUAGGUACAGUUUGGUGACUACUGCCAUGCUGUGGAUUCAAAACAAUAACAGUUUAUAUCAGUACUUAGCAUGUGUUCAUUUCUGUGUUUGUAAUCAAACAUUUUGAUUUUGGAUGUGGCCUUUGCAAAUAUUCAUUCAUUGAGCAUUGUCUCCAUAUCUUUAAUCUUCUUUUUGGUAAGUACUGUUAAAUGCAUAGAAAAAUACAUGAAAGUUUAAGUUUGUAUCAUUGAUUCAUUUGGACAGUGGUCUGAGAAGACACUGCUGGUUUUGCAAAAUAGGGGGGUUUUCAGUUUCUUUCUUAUGUAAGGAAUUACUAUUAAAAUACUUGAAGAAUAUUUUUUCUCUUUGAAGAUGUAAACGAUUUCAGAAUACUAUUGUUUUCCCUUCAUUAAUACUAUAGAGCCAUAUAUAAAUACACACAUACACAUAAUCAUUUGAUGUCUGAGAGUCAGGCAAGUAAACAAAAGUUUUGUGUUAUCUGAAUGACUUUUAAUGCUUUGAAUCUUACUACUACUAAACCAUAACUUAAAACUUCUUUUUUAUCUCUUGAGUAUUCAGAAUUCUUAUUUUAAGUACAUCUGAAUGCUGCAAGUAUCAAGUUGGAAUUGCUUAUCAAAAAUCUUCUGUGGAAUCCAUAAAGUUUCUUGCUAUAACUAAAGAGGCUGUUUUUCCUACCACAAAGGUCCUGCAGUUCAGUAUCAUUAUCAAAUGAUCAGCAAAAACAACUUCAUUUGGAGCAAAUAAAGGUGGGGUGAGUUUUAUAUUCAGGAUAACAAUCCCAAAAUAAUAUUUUAGACCAGGGCUGUCAAUCCUCUGGCCCAUGGGCCAAGCCCAGCCCACCCAAGGCUUCAACCAGGUCUGCAGCAAUUUUCUUCCCCUCCUAUCCUCAUCCUUUUCAAGCUCUGAGACUGCUGACAAUAUUCCCAGCUUCUUCUGUCUUGUCUUUGCUGGUAUGCUGCACCCAGAGACCUUAAUGGCAAAUCCAUUUUGCAGCUUUUUGCAGCAUUUAUGGCCUGUUGAAGCUCCUUGCAAAUAAAAGGUUGAUGCUUUGAA